GGCGGUGACUCAGGUCCGGUCUGUGAACAUGGAAUAUGGGAUCAUUUCAGCGGUGCGUCUGCAGAGCGGUCGCGGAGCAUUUUAAAGAAAAUUGGCCCUCAGAGCUGAUUUUCAGCCAGAAAGCUGUCUCAGAACCGUAAACCUAAUUGAAAAGCGACCUUAAACGCUGCCAAGGAUCAAGUCUUUGUUGGUUAAUGUUCAACUCUGGAAGCUCUGUGCCUGGAGAGGGUCCUGGAAAUGGGAUUUUGCAUUUAGAUUUUGAAAGCAGCCAGACGCACGGACGGACAUGGGUAGCGGUACAAGCCGAGGGAAGAAAGUUGCACCUGCGUGUGUCGGCGAGGUGAACGUGAGCAAAACAGCUGCUGGCACCUCACCGAAACAGGACAACCGUCCGUUCAAGCCCCUCAAAAUCCAUGCAAUUCUGCGCAAGGCGCGCAACCGUGCGCAACCGGACUGUCACAGCGAGGGCCACGACUCGGACUUUUCCAGGGAGGACGAUGACAUUGAUGGAGAGCUGGACACGGUUCUUGCAGAUUACGAGGAGCGAGGGGGAGCCACCGUGAAGAAAAAUCCCCCCAAGAAGACCGUCAUCAGAUCCAAAACAUACGGACUGUGCCAUUUCAGCCAGGAAGACGAGGAGGACUUGAGCGCAAAGGAGCCACGUGGCUCGAACGGUGGCUCGAGAGGUGUAAACAAGAGGAGCAAUGAUGCUUUCACACACUUUAAAAGACACACACCUGCGUCCCCCACUCAGCACAGUUCCUCCUCUCAGGGCUUUGUGACAAGAGGGGCCUUGUUGGAAGCUGUUCCCACACCACAAAAACAAUCGACUUUUGGCAGCUGCCAUAGCUCCUCUCUCACCAUGCCAGUCAUCCUGUACGAUGGAUCAGAAGAAGAGCUGAUGGACACUAUUGAGAGAGAGUUUAGCUGACCCCCCCAGCUGAGGAAGCUGCUGUCCUUUUCAGCCGUCUUCGUGGGACGUGGUAGUUUGCAGAGGGACUUUUAAAAUGUUAGAAAAUAGAAAGGGAACCAGGGUUUCUUGUGACAACUUCCUGCUACUGAGGAAGGCUACACUCGGUGUAUUUAAGCAGGGUUUUCUUAACAAAUUCAACAUUGCUUGUGUUGCACAGAAGCUGCUGCACGCCAGGUCUUUGCAUUUACCCGAGUCUUAUUUAACAACGGGAUGCAGUGUAAUCGUAGAGUUAUAACACCGACUUGAACAGGCGCCAGGAGGUUCUGCUCACAGGCCAGGUCUGUGCACUGACAGAAGCCUCCUUGCUUUGUUAUCUGCAGUGGUAAGGUGUCACUGUCACCCCCUCAAUGCUGCCACUCUCCCACACGCAGAGCACACACCUACUUGCUUGUUACCUAUUGCUCACUUUAGUUUAACUUGUCUGUUAAUAGGUAAAGGACAGAACACGCAUUUCUCUGGGUGCUGAAACUGACCUAAGUUCUAGCACAUCCUUGCACCCUAUACACAAAGAAAACCAGCAGUUUUGUGCAGCAGUCCUGCAAAGGUAUGAGCUGGGGUUGUUUAUUUAAGGUUUCCUUCCUGACCACAUUUCCUGCACUUCUCCACCCUUAUGAAGAAGGAAUGUGCAGCAACAGAGACUUCCAGUCAGGCUCGGCUUGACUAAAGGUUCAGCCACAUUCAAGCAUUGAACAUGCUGCCACUCAGUGGUGGAACACAGUAGUAGUCGUGUGCACAGACACGAACGAACGCUGAAUGUGUCAAAAAAAACUGUACUUGUCUCUGUUUAAUGACAUGAAUGAAAUGUAGAAGUGGGGUUUUCUAAUUUUGUUUUAUAUUACAAAUAAAAUCUGCUGCAUUUCUGA